UGCAGUUUCUCCUGUAAGAAGAUGAAGGAACUUCUUCUCACCCUCCUGCUCGCAGUCACCACCUAUGCUUUUGAGUUCAGUUGUGGAGAUCCCGUCUAUGAACCAGACAUGGAUGAAAAGAGUAACAUUGUAGUUCCAUUCAGCUGGCCCUGGCAGGUUUCAUUACAAGCAAAAAAAGGAAUUUCCUACUUUCAUAUGUGUGGAGGAGCCCUCAUUGACCCCAUCUGGAUCCUGACUGCUGGCAAAUGUAUUAAUGAAGGUAUUAAAUAUCGCGUUGUACUGGGGAAGUACGAUUUGACACUGACUGAAGGUUCGGAACAAUACAUCGAACCGAUCAAAAUGAUUGCUCACCCGAUGUUUAAUCCUAAAUGUAUCACUUGUGGGUAA